UCCAAAUUUAGUUAUCAUUAUAAUUAUUAACAGUUAUUAUUUUUUUUGAACUAAUAUCUAACUAUCGGUAACCACUAACCAUGUUUGACAACAAAUGUUACGGCGAUUAUAUAGCCGCGUCCAUACUGUGGACAGCCGUAUUGGUCUAUGGUUUGAUCAACUGGAUAGUCAGCUGGUGUUGUCUGACUGAACAGGCCAUCAAAUAUUUUAGCAAAGACUGCGACCCGAACGACAGGCAAACCAUUAAAUACCGUUAUCUGGUAACCAUUAUGAUCGACCCGUUUUCGGCUACAGUGGCCAACAAUAUACGCAAACAAUACAACAGCCAUACGGGUGGCGGCAAUCUCUAUGUCGAGUUGAUUACCAAAUCGACGUCGCGUAUGAUAUCCGUUACGGUACCGUUCGGUAAGAUACGUAACGGUAGGGCACACAUACUGUUGUACAGACAGAAACUGUUGAGACCGGUGACCAAAGUACGGGCCAUUCACGAUAUUGUCGAAUCGUUGAUCUAUUUGCGUGGCGUACGCAUUACCGACCAGCUCUACGGCUAUACUGUCUACUAUGGGGUCGAACAGGAUAUUCAAUGCGAAUCAAUGGACCGGGCAGUCGCCCAUCCGAUUGUACUACCGGUGCCCAGACUGCUCAGCGAUGAAAUGUUUGCGCCAAUGUUUGCACAUUUCAAAAACAAUACACUAUCGACAACUAGAAUCAAAUGCGAACUUACAGACAUCCAGUCCAAUGGUGUAGUGUUGGCGCCGGAAAUCAAUCUCUGCGAAGACAUUAUAUUUAUAUCAUGUUUUAUGGCCACCAGUUUCCUAUUGAUUCCGACUAUUGCCCUAUCACUGGACAAAUGGUUGGCAAGCGAAUGGUUGUCGAAAAAUGUCAUACUUGCGGUCACUGUCGUGGCGGCCAGCGGUCUGGCCUACAAUGGUAUCAAUUGUCUGGCACUUGUCUACCGAAGUUGUUUCAAACGGCCGUAUGAGAGACAUUGGUCGCCGAAAACAAAAGAAUUGACAAAAUGCGGAACCUGUUGGUGUUGGACAAGGGCUGGUAUUUUGACAGUCAUGUUGAUGGCGGCCAUAGCUGUAUCGCUAGCGGUUCCGAUCAUUAUCUGUUGUUUAUUGCCAUCGUCAGCCACAACAACAGCGACGGCGGCGGAGGCGGCAGCCGUACCGGUCGAUGAUAGCUCGCCAUCGAUUAGGGUUUCAUUAUUACCAUCAAACGUGACGACAACAACAAUGACCAUCAGCAGCAACACUACGACAACAAUGACAACGAUCACCGAUAAUAAUAAUAUUAAUAAUAAUAAUAAUAAUACGACAGCUAAUGUCAAGAUAGCUAACAACAGUUUUGCUAAACAUUUUGAAAAACAGUGGCUCAAGAAUCGGGAUCUAAAUGAGACACUAGUGAUGACUGUACUGUUGACGGCCACUGUUUGCCUAAGUUUUACUGUUUGGCUAUUUGUUUGCGGUUUUUGCCGCUAUUUAUACUGUUUAGCGGCUACGACCAAAUACAAGUCUUUCGGCGAACUGGUCGACAAUUCCAAAGAUUUUACCGACGAUUCGCUGGAUAAAACUCAUGUUCCGCUGGGAACCGAUGUAGUGAUGAAAGAGCUCAGCUCCGACAACAAAAACCCGACCCUAAAAACAGGAUCCAUUCACCGGCCGAUCAGUCAGUCAAUGUUUGCCGAUCCCGAAAAGUUUCGGAUGGCCAGCGAAAAGUUUAAGAGUCCGCAGGACAAGUCUCCGGCGGCGGCGGCGUCGCCGCAGCCAACGUCAACACCGCCGGCCAAAUCGUCACAACAAAACAAGACAACUAAGACAUCGACAAAACAGAAGACAAUUAAUGAGAAAUCAAUUUCCAGCAGAUCUUAAGUUUAUAUUUUUUAAAAAAAAACAGUAA